UUUCUCAAUUUCAGAUAUCUUCUCGUCUAUGUCGAUUUAACACCUUCUUCUGUCUCUGCGAUGGCGUUUUCUCUCCAAAUCGCUGCUUCAUCUUCUUCAUGUCUUCAAUCGCGAACUGGAACUUGUCAGCCUUCUUUAAGUUGCCUGACCAAGGAUUUCUCUGGUCUGAAGUCUCAAUCUCCAGGUUCAUUGGGUAGUGGAAAACCUAAUUUGAAUGUUCAAUUCCAUAAUGAAGUUCAUAAGAGAGUUAAUUUCAGAUCAAGUAACAACAAUGCAACACGAGCUCGAGUGAAAAUGAUGCCAAUAGGCACUCCUAGAGUGCCUUACAGAACACCUGGGGAAGGAACAUGGCAAUGGGUUGAUUUGUGGAAUGCCCUUUAUCGUGAACGAGUUAUUUUUGUUGGGCAAUACAUUGAUGAAGAAUUUAGCAACCAGAUAUUGGCAACCAUGUUAUAUCUUGAUAGUGUUGACAAUUCAAAGAAGAUGUAUAUGUACAUCAAUGGCCCUGGUGGAGAUCUAACUCCAAGCUUGGCCAUAUAUGACACAAUGCAGAGCUUGAAAAGUCCAAUUGUAACUCACUGUCUGGGUUAUGCCUAUAACUUGGCAGCCUUUCUUCUUGCUGCAGGUGAAAAGGGUAAUCGCUACACAAUGCCUUUGUCAAGAAUUGCACUUCAAUCUCCAGCUGGUUCUGCUCGUGGUCAGGCCGAUGAUAUUCAAAACGAAGCAAACGAGCUUCUCAGAAUAAGAGAUUACCUUUUCACUGAACUGGCUAAAAAGACAGGUCAACCAGUUGACAAGGUAUAUAAAGACAUGAGUCGGCUUAAACGUUUUAACGCUCAGGAAGCACUUGAUUAUGGGCUAGUCGAUCGUAUAAUUAGGCCUCCCCGGAUUAAGGCAGAUGCCUCGAGAAAAGAAGCAGGAACUGGCCUCGGUUAGUUUUAUGCACUUUUUUUUUUGGCUAAGAAGUACUACAAUUACUACUCUGGGGCAAUUAUAAAAUGCAACAUGAUCUUCUUCUUAA